CGGGGAAGGUGGGGGCAAUCAUGGUGCCGCUGGGGAGGGGAGAAGCUGCUGCCGCCGCCGCCGUUGCCGGGAGCCGCGGAGACAGGUCACUACCUUUCCAUUUCUCACAAUUGGGCUGAGCACAGCUGAACCAUGGGGGACCACAGUCCAGACGACAGCAUCAGCUACUUUGAGGUAGAGGAAGAUGAGCUGACCCCCGAUGACAAGAUGCUCAGGUUUGUGGAUAAGAACGGACUGGUGCCUUCCUCAUCUGGAACUGUUUACGAUAGGACGACUGUUCUUAUCGAGCAGGACCCUGGCACUUUGGAGGAUGAAGAUGACGAUGGACAGUGCGGAGAACACUUGCCUUUUCUAGUAGGGGGUGAAGAGGGCUUUCAUCUAAUAGAUCAUGAAGCAAUGUCCCAGGGUUAUGUGCAACACAUUAUCUCACCAGAUCAGAUCCAUUUAACAAUAAACCCUGGUUCCACGCCCAUGCCAAGAAAUAUUGAAGGUGCAACUCUCACUCUGCAGUCGGAAUGUCCAGAAACAAAACGUAAAGAAGUAAAGCGGUACCAGUGCACGUUUGAGGGCUGCCCCCGCACCUACAGCACGGCAGGCAACCUGCGCACCCACCAGAAGACCCACCGAGGGGAGUACACCUUCGUCUGCAAUCAGGAGGGCUGCGGCAAGGCCUUCCUCACCUCCUACAGCCUCAGGAUCCACGUGCGGGUGCACACGAAGGAGAAGCCAUUUGAGUGUGACGUGCAGGGCUGUGAGAAGGCGUUCAACACGCUGUACAGGCUGAAAGCACAUCAGAGGCUUCACACAGGGAAGACGUUUAACUGUGAAUCUGAAGGCUGCAGCAAGUACUUCACCACACUCAGUGAUCUGAGGAAGCACAUUCGAACCCAUACAGGAGAAAAGCCAUUUCGGUGUGAUCAUGAUGGCUGUGGAAAAGCAUUUGCAGCAAGCCACCACCUUAAAACUCACGUCCGUACACAUACAGGUGAAAGACCCUUUUUCUGCCCCAGUAAUGGCUGUGAGAAAACAUUCAGCACUCAAUACAGUCUCAAAAGUCACAUGAAAGGUCACGAUAACAAAGGAAACUCAUACAGUGCACUUCUAAAUCACAAUGGAUCAGAGGAUACAAAUCACUCACUUUGUCUGAGGAAUUUAAGCCUUCUGUCCACAGAUUCUGAAUUUCAAGAAAAUUCUAAUACAGGCCAGAAUCUCAGCACUCUCUCACCAGCAAUCAUUUUUGGACCAAUGUUCCAGAAGUCAGAUGAUCCGGCAAUUCAGGAAGAUCCUCAACAGACAGCUGCCUUGAUUGAAAGUUUUAAUGGUGAUGCGGAGUCAGUCAGUGAUGUUCCGCCAUCCACAAGACAUUCAGCAUCUUUAUCUCUUCCACUUAUACUGCAGCCUGGCAUCUCCGAGCCACCUCAGUCUCUACUACCAGCCUCAGCACCGUCUGCUCCUCUGCCUGCUCCCUCCCUAGGAACUGGUUCCCAGCAAGCUGCAUUUGGCAACCCCCCUGCUCUCUUACAACCUCCAGAAGUGCCUGUUGCCCACAGCACGCAGUUUGCUGCUAAUCAUCAAGAGUUUCUUCCGCACCUCCAGGCACCGCAGCCCGUCGUGCCAGGACUCUCUGUUGUUGCUGGGGCCUUGGCGUCAGCAGCGGCAGUGGCGUCAGCCAUGGCAGCACCACCCCAACCACAAAGUACUACUGAGCCCCUGCCAGCCAUGGUCCAGACUCUGCCCCUGGAUGCCAACUCUGUCCUAACUAGCAAUCCCACUAUAACCAUCACCCCGACUCCCAGCACGGCUAUCCUGCAGCCCAGCCUAGUCAUGGGAGAGCAGAACUUACAGUGGAUACUAAAUGGUGCCACCAGCACACCGCAAACUCAAGAACAAAUUCAGCAAGCAUCUAAAGUUGAGAAGGUGUUUUUUACCACUGCAGUACCAGUAGCCAGUAGCACAGGGAGCGCGGUUCAGCAGAUCGGCCUCAGUGUUCCUGUGAUCAUCAUCAAACAAGAGGAGGCCUGUCAGUGUCAGUGCGCGUGCCGGGACUCUGCCAAGGAGCGGGCGGCCAGCAGGAGGAAGGGCUGUCCUUCCCCGCCCCCUCCCACGCUGAGCGCCCAGCCUCCUGACGGGCCCAGCCUGAAGCUGCCCCCACAGACUUUCUCCCCACCCCCGAUCCCCCUGUCCUCCUCGUCUGCUGCUGCCCCUCCCUGUGAGCAAAGCAGACAGGCGGUGACUCCUUCAGACCCGCAGACAGAGCCGCUCCGUGCCAUAGAUAUGUCAGAGUUUCUGUCCCUCCAGAGCCUGGACACCACUUCCAAUCUGAUUCCCAUUGAAGCACUACUGCAGGAGGAGGAAGAGAUGGGCCUGACCAGCAGCUUCUCCAAGUGAAAGGCCCGCUUGUGCUCCCCUCCUGGCACAGGCCAAGCAGGAAGCAGGAGGUGUGUGAUGCCUGACAUCGUGGGGGUCAGCAAUUUGAAGGAUGAAGAAAUCUACUGUUUGAAAUCCUCACCUUUCAGACGUAUUUUCUUUAUUCCUAUCCCAGGAGCAUCCAUUUUUAAUGAACUGAUCUUUGGAAAAAACAAAACAAAAACACAAAAAAAAGCUAAGUUAUAAAUGAACUGUUUGGCUGCACUGUAUGUCACUUUUGCUUAUUGUCAUGUGAACUUGGAAAUUAAGGUUACUCGUAUGCAUAAAAAUUCUAAAUGAAAGGGUGUGGUUUCCAUCAAUCUGAUGCUGCCCAUCACCUGCACUGGGGGUCUUUGUAGUCUGGGCAGUGGAGUUCAGUGUGUUGGAUGUUGCGGUGCCCUGUGUGUCUUUUGAGGCUGAAGCUUGCUUGCGAGGCCAGACCCUCACUCCAUCCAAGAGGCAAGUGGCAAACGCAGGUCAGACGGCUGUGAGCUGGACAGGGACUGGGCGAGGUGGUUUUGUGGUCUGUGGUUGGUGAUGGUGGAGUUGAGGGUGACUAUGGCUGAUGUCACCCUGCAGCCAGCGGCAUCACAAACGGGCAUCCAAAAUCCUGGUCCGAGUCUGUGGGGACUGUCCGCUUCCACGGGAGCCCUAGGCAAGUUGUUGACUGCUCUCUGUCCGCGACACCUGUGCAGAGCAGGCUCUAUCAACGUGAUCAUACUCUUUGCUCUGGGUUCUCUCUUCUCUCUCUCUCUGCUGGUUGCCAGGGCUUGCAGAUCACAGUGAUGAAUUUUUCUUGGGGAACAUCCCUGUUUUGUCCAGAGUGGACAUGUGGUUUAUGGCCAGUUGAUGGCUGGUGGUCUGCCUUCCCUGAAUGGUAUCUUCUUCCUCGGAGCAGAAGAGCUGCAUUUUGCUGAUCAGGAGAAGGUGCGGCUUGAUGGGAGUGAUGUUUGGUGGCAUGUCAUCGGCAGGUUCUGGGUUCCAGCCAGGGUUUUGGUUGCCCCUCCGCCCCCAAUCUCUGCCUGUCACCCCUCUGGAUUUUGCAUACAGCCUAGUACAGUGCAAAGAAGGAUGUGACUUGCUCGGCUUAGUCAUAUGAUUUCUAAACAAAAAAAAGAAAAAAGAAAAAAAAAAACACAAAGCGAUGAUCUUCUACUCAGGGUAAAACAAAAAGUUCCCCUUCCACCAAAAAGCCUGAAAUGUUGCAAUAAGUUAUCUCAUUUGGAAUGUUUCAUUAAGUUGUGUUAUAGGGAAAAAAAUUUUUUUAUUUCUGUGUAGAAUUAUAUCCAUCUCUCUGCCUUUGGCUCCGAAUCAGUCAUUGCCUCUUAAAAUAUAAAAUACAAUCCACACUAAAAUGGAAAGUUUCUCUUAACUGGCUAUAUUAAUGUAGUCACGAGUGCUCCCCACACUCACUGAACUCAGAAACUAGGUACGGCCCAAGGUCUAACGAGGUCUCUGCCUCCCAAGGGCCUCGUCCCUGCCACACACAGGGCUGCCCUACUGAGUCAACGACGUCGGGCAGAAAGCAGCUGUAAUUUUGCCUUCCUUUUUCACUCCCUAAGGUGACGAGAUCUGCAUUUGUCACUGUCCUGUUCCCUGCACCAUUUCUCAGGGCCAGCUAAGACAUUAUCUAGAGUAAUCAUUUACUGGGAGCCAGGGGCCCUGCCUUUAACAGGAUGUUCAGGGACAGAUUCGGAUGAGAGGGCAGAGGUGGUAACUGUGACUGCCGAAGAGAAGUGGGCUUAACUACAAGCAGCUGGUGGUGUCUCUCUCCUGGAGUCUAGUCAGGAGAAUCCGUUUCUUUUUUGACCCUCUGCAUUCUCCUGUCCAAAAGGCUGGUGGGUUCUGGGUGACCACUGACCUCAGCAGAAGUUGAUAAGGCAGGAGGAGGCUUGUGUUACCACAGUGGGUUCGUCUCCCUGGGAAAUAGCUGCUGAAUAUGGGUUGUCCUUGGCUGUCGCUAGGCCUUGAGCUCAUGGGAAGCUUUGCGGUAGGUCCCUGGCUGUUUUCUCCACACCUUCUGAGAGAGAGCAGCACGGUGGGGUCCCAAGUGACCUCCCCCUGCGCCCACCCUAGGCUCACCUGAGAUGUGGCUCCUGGGAGCUGAGGUGGAAAACAGGAGCCCGGUGAAAGCCGUCGGAAGUGCCCGUGGUUGAAAUAUUGCUUCCCCACUGCUGCGCUUGUGUUGGGUCUGCUCAGGUCAGUGACUUUUCUGCUCUCCUAAGGUUGAGGGUGAUAAAGAAGCCGAGUUUUAGGCUGACAGAUUUUUCUAGUUGAAGUAUCCGCCUUUUGAGGGUGACCAGAGAUUACAGGGGGGCCUUUGAAAACAUCAGGGAUGUGCUUAAAAUGCUAGUGAGUGUUUGUGAAGAGCAGGUUUACUCCACAGGGUAGGCAGUCUCUUAUUUCCUUCCUCUUCUGGCACUCUUCCCUGCCCUACCCCACUUCUGUCAGCCUGGUCUCUAGUGCCAAAGGCCUUGGAGAAGAGAGGGCCACUGAAAAUGGAGCCACAAAGAGCCUUCAUGAAGAGUGGUUUUCAAACCCAGGAACGAUCCUAGGGUGAAGCUAGGGAAGGUGUGCAGACUUCCAGCAGGUAAAAUCAUGCCUUUUUUCUUCCCAUGGUAACCUUAAUCAUAUUCCCCUGUAGACUGAGACUUCCGGCUCCCACUGGCAUCUCCAGUUAGACUGCCCCUUUACAGGGUGCUAGUCAGCCUGGGGAAUUUGGAGGUUUGUGGGCUUGGCAGGUGGCCACAAACUUUGGCCAGUACCACCAAAUUGCCUUAGUGAAUUUGGCCCUUCCCAGGUAGGUGAGGGAGGCAUCGAGGGAAAGUGACCCUACCUUUCCUGGCAGUUUGGCCAGCCUCACGGGGGCAUCAGUAGUUUGAUGACAGGAAUUGGUGUCACUCAUUGAAUCCCACCCCGCCCCACCCCGCCCCACCCCCCUUUAGAAGGAGAUCAUGGUACAAAGCCCAGGAGGGGCCUUAAGGUGUGAAGACUGCUCUGGAUAGAAGCAAGGAACUUCUUUCCACCGUCUCUGGAGAGUUAAUAGACUGGAGAGUUUUACUUUCAGGGUCAAGGCAGCAGACUGAUGGGGAUAAUGGGCGGGUGGGUUUUUCUGACAGAUUUUGUAUAAUGCUGAAUGUGUCCAAAGGGACGGGUUUGCAGAACCUCAUAUUGGUAUAUUAAAGAAAUAAUUUUUAAAAAAAGCACUUUAGGUUAUUUUAACUCAAUUGCUGCAAUUUCUUUUGUGUGUGUAUAUAUAUAUACAUAUAUAUACUUUCCACAAAGUUUUAUUUUUUGCUCAGAAAAAAAGUUAAAUUGAGGUGUGACAAGAAAAGCACUUACCUUGGUGCAAUAUGUGUAGCUUGACGGUCGUUGUCCCAUGUGACCCUGGCCUGGCCGCGUUUUUCCAUUCUAUCAGCCCUGUGCUAUGAGGCUGUCCAUAGGGAAACACUAUUAUGCAUUCUCAGCAACUGCUCAAUCUAUGCAAGCCUUCCCUGUGUGCCCAAGGGCACCCCCUCAGGCUCUCUGAAGAACUGCUGCGGGUCCUGUUUUUUUCUGCUGACUGUUGAGGCCCUUUUUCAUCACUUCUGCUUGGCCCUUUGCCAUCUUUCCCCCCUUCACCAUUACACAGUGAUGCCUGAAAGGAAGAAACCGGUUGUUCCUAGGUAGACACCUGGCACUUUCUAGACUUUUACAUUUGUAAUCAGGUCCAUUGUCCUUAAUCUAAAGACUUCUCCAGAGUCACUGAAAUCAUGGAUUUGUGGAACUGCAACAAUAUUGCUAAUGAGUUUACAGUUUUCCUACACCACCAAUCAGAAAUAUGUUUGGGGAAGCGUGGUGGGGGUCACAGGGGUACAACCCGCCAUCCUGUCGGCUCUUUAAGCAAAAGCCUCCAGCCCUCAUUGAAUCCAGUAAACAAAGCUGUUAAUAAUCUGCUUUAUGAACUUUCUUCCUUCCAUCUCACUCCUCUCCCCCUCCCAUUUUAUCUUCAGUUUUCAGGCUACUAACGAAUAGAGAAGUUUUAAAACAUACUUCAGCCAAAGCAGAAAGAUUUACAUAGAUCAUAUGCAAAUAGUUCUGCUAUGACAUAGAUCAGAAAUUGACCAUUCCUAAAUAUUGGGGAGGGGAGAGGCAACAAAACUGAACUAAGCAUAUUUCUGAUUGGUCAUCAGUUUAGCCUCUUUUCUCUUGCAUAUGUUGGGAGGCAAGAGAAGGGGUCCCAUUUUCUUCUCACACCUUUUGGGGAAGCUGAUGAUCACUGUUUGGGCAUUUCUGUUACUCCUGUUCAAGAGAGGGCUUCUCAGUCUGCACUGAAAAAUGCAAAUUAAACUGGAUCUUUAUGUCAAUGUGUACAUAGUACAAGCUUUUUUUACUGGAAGCAAAGUUUAAAACCACACACUGCCCUUUUGGUGGUGUGCUUGCUGGGCCCCAAAUUGGGUGAUGAUGUCAUGUCACUUUCUCAGCUCAAUGCAGUUUCUACUCUUUUUCUUACGGGGAAAUUUUUCAUAAAAUCUUUUCUUCACCAAACCCAGGGGUGUUUUCUGCAAUAUCCUUGUUAUCCUCAUAGUGGUGCCAAGUCCAAGAGGCCUCUCUUGCCCUUUCCCCCUGUGUCCUCAGGCCUCCCCAGGGCACUGUUUGACUCAACAGUCUACAUCCUUUGUUGUGUUUUGGAGAAUAUGGGGGUGGGAGGUCGGAGUUCAAGGUGGCUGUUCUCUUUCCCUGUAAACUCCUAGUCCCUGUUUGGGGAAGGUGGCUGGAAACAGGGUUUUGCUGAAUCUCUGGCUCAGAUUUUCUGGCCAGGAGAGGCAAGACCCACGACAACCUUUUUUUGACACACACUAGUCAUUGGCCAGAGGUCUUGGUUGAAAGUUCUUUAAAAUCCCAAAUAGUUUUAUUUGGAUUAUGUAAAAGCCUACCAAAUUUAUUUGUGAAACAUGGGAACAACGGACUUCCACUGAGCGAUAUGAAAACGUUACAGGUUCAGUACUUCCAAAGGAAGAAACCUCUAAACCCAAAAAAGAAUAAAUAUGAAUUUGUAUUUUUGAAGAAUGUGAAAUAAUGGUGUUUGCUUAAUUGCUCAUUUUGUAUAAACUUAAUAUUGUACUUUAAAAUAUCUGCUAAGAAGUGAAAAUUUAACUUUUUGGAAUUGAAAAAAGCAAUAUUAAAUACUAAUGAAAUCCUAAUUAAAUGCUUAUUUAAAUCUG